UGAUUGUAAACGUUAUGCAUCUAUGCAACCAGCAAACAAACGAGUGGACAUUUGUGUUUGCCGGAAUACUUCUUUCAUUUCAGGAACGUUGGCCUACCGGUGAAAGUGCCCCAAAAUGUCCAAGAAGUUGGCCGCCGAGAGUGCCAUCCACCGGGAACAGGAACCGGGAGUCAUCAGCAAUGAAAUGCUAACAAAAUCAAUCAUCGAGCAAGGAUACAAAGGCGAAGCCGGCCGAUUGGCACGGAUGAAUGAGAUCUGCUUGGAUCAAAUCACGGUUAUCAGACUGGAGUUUCAAAAUAUUCUCAAAAUCGAUCACCUUUGGGUGCUCAACAAUCUGGAAGUGCUUUCGUUAGCUUUCAAUAAAAUUGACGUGAUUGAAAACCUGCAUCGGCUAGUCAAACUCAAAGAAUUGAAUCUAUCGUUCAAUUUUAUUGAGAAAAUUGAGAACCUGGACCAAUUAGUUCUGUUGAGAAAACUGUCGUUUCAUGGUAACCGAAUAACGAAGUUGGAGAAUCUGGAUCGUUUGGAGAAUUUGGUGAUUUUUAGCGCCGGAAAGAAUGCAAUUAACACCUUCGAGGGUAUCGAACGGCUGCGAUUCUUGAAAGAGCUCCGAUCACUGAAUAUGGCUGAUAAUCCGAUUGCAUUGGAUGAGAGCAAACCACUCAGACUGUAUGUGGCAUGCGUUUUACCCCAGCUGAAGUACUAUCAGUAUGUUCUGAUUACUCCUGAAGAACGGGAAAAUGGAAAAACGACAUUCAGCCGCGAAUUGCAGGACAUCUUUGAGCAGGAAAAGAACGAAAUUCAGGAAAGGGAACGUACUGCGCGGGAAAAGGCGGACGAAAUUUACCUGUCCAGCAGUUUUGUCGAAUAUCUCAACGCCCACCAACUGUUCGAUUCGCUUUUCGAGGAUGACCCGGACGGAAGUGCCCUAAUGGCUAUCGGAGAAGAUGCGCUUGAACUUAAGACAGAGUACCAAACGGAAGCAUACACUUUCACUCAACAAAUGUUAAAGAUUGGUUUGGAACAAUACGAACGUCGCCAGAGCGAAAUCAAACACUAUAACAGCUGCAUCAAUGCCGAGAGACUCAAAGCUCAGAAACAAGGACAAGACAUAAUCAACAACUUCCUUGAAGUGUUCGAACGUUUAUCUUCGAACAUCAAAGACUUUGUUGCAUCUCUUAGUUUCAAACCGAUUCAGCCAAGAUGUUCAUUUUCUGAAGUGCCGUUAAAUUUGGACGAGAUAAACGUUGCCAAGGAUGAGUUCGAAUCGCUGUUCGAAGACACCUGGCACUCGCUGAUGACGAUCGAAAUGCAGCUGUUCGAGCGAACUGAGGAAGGCAACUCGAACUUCGAGAAUACCAUCAAAGAGAUGACCAACGAAUUCAUCGAACAAGUGCAGGGUCAAUUUGUACUUCUGCGGGAGGCAGAAAACAAUUUCAGCGAUACGUUGAUCGGAAUCGUCCAGCAAUAUGUAACUUUUCAGGCUGCGUCAGGUCAUUCACAAAACAUCCCGGAAGGUUUGAAGGAAGCGCUGGAAGACAAAGAUGUGGUCAUCAAUCUGGCCGCUGGUAUGCGCGACAGCCACAUGCACGUUAUAGACUCACGGGAGGAUAGACUGGUUGGACGAAGCCGGAACUGGGUGCGGGAACUGUGUGACGGAAUGCAGAAUUCAGAGAUUCAACGAAACCGUGCCAAAGUUUUAGAGAUAACGUAUUUCCUAGACCAUCACCGGAAGAUGUUUUAUGGUUUGUUUGAAGAUAUACUUCAAAAGCAUGGUUUGGAGUCUCUUGGAAGUAUUACCACCAGCAAUGAUCAGCAAGAACGUGCGAAGCCUUCUGAACCCUUAGUCCAAUUUUCUGACACCUGAUUCAAUUUCAAUUUAUUUUACGCAACCUGUGAAGGCAUGCAAGCUGAAGAUGGAUAUAUUUUUUAAAAUAAUACAAUUUAACUUAUCGAGUGUCAAA